AACCACUGCUGUGGAGCUCAGGAGCCAGACGACUGGGAUCAGAACGUUUAUUUCAGCUGUAACGGGACUCAUCGCAGCAGAGAGAAGUGUGGGGUUCCUUUCUCCUGCUGCAUCAAUGAUCCUGCGGACUCGGUGUUGAACACUCAGUGUGGCUACGACGUCAGAAACAGACCAAAGGCUGAGUGGAGUAAUCACAUCUUCACUAAAGGCUGCAUCGCUGCGUUGGAGGACUGGUUGCCUGGAAAUCUCUACACCGUGGCCAUCGUCUUCAUCGUCAUCUCUCUGCUGCAGAUGGUGGGGAUCUACCUGGCCAGGACUCUGAUCUCCGACAUCGAGAAGGUCAAAUUCAGCUACUGAUGCAGGAGGCGGAGUCUUCAUGCGUGGGCGGAGUCUUCCAUUUGUGGGCGGGGUAUUACCUGCAGGGGUGGAGCCUCCCUCAGGUGUUGGUGGACCAAGUUUCUUCAGUCAGACGUGCCUUCUUCUUCUUCUUCUUUGGUAGUUGCAUCUGCCUUCAGUCUUCUUCAGAUGAUCUCGUUGCUAGGGUAACUGCAGACAUGGCGUCGUGGUGAAUGCGUGGAGCCUCCGUAGUCCUGAAGGAGGGUGUGUUCCUGGGUAAAGACCAGGUCUUUCUGGUCUUGGGGCUCCUUGAGAAUGUGACGUUGUGUUGUUGUUGUUGUUUUUAAAAUGAAUUUUUUUUUAUAUAUUGUUGUUGUUGUAUUGUGGCUGCGAGUUUCGUCAGCUAACAGACCUGUGCCUGCUCUGCACCAGACUGCCUUCACUUUUCCUCCCGUUUAAGAACCAACACGAACUGCAGCUUCAGGCCUCCCUGUGAAUGUUUAAUGAACCAGUGUGACCUUUGACCUGAUUGGCUGUUUACCGUUCAGUGCCUCCUCCGUCGUCGUCAUCUUCAGGGUGAACUCAGGUCUUCUUGUGUCUCUGACCAAAGUAUUGUCCUCACUAUUGAUCGAUCUAAAUGAGUCAUUCAGUCUGCAGAACCGGUUCAGUUCCUCAGUCGGUCAUUUCAUUGAUUAUCCAAAUAGUUGCGGAUCAGUCAAUUCACUCAUCCAUCAUCAUCGUUGUUUCAGUGAUUUAAAAGAGGAAAUGAACCUCCUGCAGCAGAACGUGAUGUUCCUGUAAUUGGCCACAAAAUAAAACCCUUAAACGAUCAGUCAGUGGUUGAUUGGUAAACAUGUCGUCAUCGUCAAUAAUUAGAUAAAGUGGUAAAUGUUAAGUUCAGAAACCACAGAAGAAGAAUCCGUAAAGACAAAUCGCCAUCUCAGCUUCAGAUCAUGUGAUCACGUGUGGACUGAAUAUGAAGACAAAGAACUUUAUUGACACUGGAUUCAUGUUAACACUCUUUGAAUAAAUAAAGCUUAUUGUUGAAAUAUUUUGUAUGAAUAAAGACCUCUGGGCGUUUAAGCCAAUCAGAGCAAACCAGAGAAACAUCUGA